CUCGAGUUUGGUGUCCCGGCCCAGCAGGAUGCUGGCGGCUGCGCUGGGGCUGGCCCGCGGUGGGGUAAGAGUUGCUGGGCGCCCAGCAAUGCUACUGCAAGCUCGAUUUGAAGGGAAAUCUACAGCUGAGACACAGCCCACUGUUAGACCGAAGGAUGAAGUGACACAAAAGCAGCUUUAUGCCUUUGGAGAAUAUGUGGCUGAAAUCCUGCCCAAGUAUGUUCAGCAAGCCCAAGUAACGUGUUUCAACGAGCUGGAAAUUUUAAUUCAUCCAGAUGGGAUCAUUCCAGUUCUGACCUUUCUAAAAGACCACACAAAUGCCCAGUUCACGUCCUUAGCUGAUCUGACAGCAGUCGAUGUUCCAACUCGACCAAACCGCUUUGAGCUGGUUUACAAUCUCCUGUCUCUGCGUUUCAACUCCCGGAUUCGUGUAAAAACCUACACUGAUGAACUGACACCUGUUGAUUCGGCAGUCCCAGUGCAUCAAGCAGCCAAUUGGUAUGAACGAGAGAUCUGGGAUAUGUUUGGAGUAUUCUUUGCUAAUCACCCUGACCUAAGACGAAUCCUCACAGACUACGGGUUUGAGGGCCACCCAUUCCGAAAAGACUUCCCACUUUCUGGAUAUGUGGAGGUGAGGUAUGAUGACGAGGUGAAGCGGGUGGUGGCUGAGCCUGUGGAGCUGGCUCAGGAGUUCCGUAAGUUUGAUCUGAACAGUCCCUGGGAGACUUUUCCUGCCUACCGUCAGCCUCCUGAAACCUUGAAGAUAGAAGCAGGAGAGAAGAAAGAAGAAGUCAAAUAGCAGCAGGAAGGCUGGGAACAUUUCCGUGUUGCUGCCUUCCUCUUUGGUCGAAUGAAAUAUUUAUAUCUA